AUGGGAGACCACAGGCUGCCAGGGAGCCAGGCCCGUCGGACACUAAAGCCAACAUCCCAGGACACUACUGUCAGGUCUAUGUGGAAAGACUCUUCCAAGUGUUUUUCAAAGCACAAGAAAGAGCAACUGAGGUUGCCUACCUCCUUGGAGAAUCAGCACCGACUCUAUGGUAAGGAACGGUCAGAUGACUUCAGGAAAGGCGGGACAUCGAGUGAAGGGCUGACCCCACGCAGCACAGAGGGUAUCUUUUUCCCAACAAUUUCUCGUAGAGGAUGUAGUCCCAUCGCCAACAAGAAUCAGCAAAAGUCAGCUGAUGAUUCAGGACUUUUAUACCCGCUUUUGACAGUCCAGCCAACACGUAGAACUUUCUGGGAUGACAUAAAUGCCCGCCACAAUCAACAGCUGCUUGCUCCAUGGCCUAGAGGAGAAGAAAAUUCUGCAGACAUAUUAAUUAAAAUGCUGGAAACACCGAAACCUAACCGGGUGCUGGAAAACAAGUGGCCGUAUUGGGAAGAUCACAGGGAAGCAACCAAGCAGCCCACCACCUCUGGCAAACAGUCUCAAGGAAAAUUCGAUCUGGAACAUCACAAGCUUCCCUGGACGUGUGAAGGCACUUGGCUCCACGAUGGUAAAUACAGAGGACAGGAUAUGCUUAGCUCUAUUUAUUAUAAAUAUAUAUACAAAGGAGGAAAUGACGAAUGGGCCCAAACUUACAGAGAUUCCAUGCAGCAUAUUGACACAGGAUAUGAAGGCCAAUCAAGCUAUGAAGACUCACCAUGUGUCAGGAGAACUGAUCUGUGUAAUUUUGACAUCAAGUAUGGUAUGAAAAUGAGCAAUGGGAAGGACACAUCAUUAUCUAAACAGGAGUCCAGCUUUGUUAUAAAACUCCAAACCCCACCAGAUCUUUGCAGAGUCAACAAACACAAAAGAUAUGAAUCACCAUUCCUGAAAAGCAACCAGUUGAAAACACUAGAAACAGAAGACUCUCUAACUGAUUCCAAUGAACUUGAACUUCAAGGUGAAAAUGCUGGCAAGACAGAGAUCGCUGAGCAAGCCUAUGAAUCAACUGACUGGAAGUACUUUAUAAGCAAGGAAGACACCACGCCAAGCACCCUUGAACAGAUGUUUAUGAAGAAGGGAUGGGGUUAUGAAUGUUCUACUCCAACAUCAAAAAUGUUUAGGGAUUAUUAUUGGAUCAUGGAUUCAGAUGAUGAUGAUGAUGAUGAUGAUGAUGAAGAGGAGAAGGAGAAAUCGAAGGAAGAGCAGACAGAAAAGAAGUAG